CUUGUGACCUCCUCACCUCAAGGGCCUACAUUGUACAGAACCAACUCCAGUUUCCAGCCAGCUGCGUAUAGCACUGAAGGAAAAUGAACAUACUGAGCAGGCACCACUCUUCGUGCUUUCUGCCUACCAUACGCCUUGUCAUCUUACUAGCAGCUCUGACAACUGCUGAGGAUGUGACUAACAGCACUUUCAACCGCACUGGCACAAACACAGGAUCUGUGCCUGUGGUCAUCUCCCACAUCGACCACAUCAUAGUCAAGGAGGGGUGUAGUGCCUUGAUUGACUGCAAUGUCCAAGGUAGCCCUAGUCCACAUUACAGAUGGUACAAUUCCAACGGCCGCCUGCUCCAAGAGGAAGAGAAUAAAGCAGGAAAAUGGUGGUUUCUUGACAAUGGGCUCCUAAACAUUACCAGCGUGUCUUUUGAAGACAGAGGUAAAUACACGUGUGUCGCAUCUAAUAUGCACGGCAGUGUUAACAAUACUGUGACUCUGAGGGUCGUCUUUACUUCUGGAGAUAUGGGAAUCUACUACAUGAUUGUCUGCCUUGUAGCUUUCACCAUUGUUAUGAUACUGAACAUUACGCGGCUGUGCAUGAUGAGCAGUCACCUGAAGAAAACGGAGAAAGCAAUCAACGAAUUCUUCAGAACGGAAGGAGCAGAGAAACUCCAGAAAGCCUUUGAGAUUGCAAAACGUAUCCCAAUUAUCACUUCAGCCAAAACGCUCGAGCUUGCCAAAGUAACACAGUUCAAGACCAUGGAAUUUGCUCGCUAUAUCGAAGAGCUUGCUCGGAGUGUGCCUUUGCCACCUCUCAUCAUGAACUGCAGGACUAUAAUGGAAGAAAUUAUGGAGGUUGUCGGACUGGAGGAGCAAGGACAGAAUUUUGUACGGCAGACAGCAGAAGGCCAGGAAACCGCUGAAACAGAUGAGCUCUACACGAUCCCGAAUGCUUUGAAGCGCAGUGACUCUCCCACAGCUGACUCUGAUGCAUCAUCACUGCAUGAGCCGCCGCAACAGAUUGCAAUAAAAGUGUCGGUUCACCCGCUGUCCAAAAAGGACUGCGUGGACGGUCAGUCACAGGAAAGUGUGCAGUUGGACACCAAGGAAGAAGACCUUCCUCAAACACCAGCACUUCCAGCAGAGCCCGCUCCUGAGCCUUCUGCCGAACUGAGUUCUGAUGACACAGCAUUGGCAAAUGACACGUGUGUUAUAUAUGAAAGCCAUGUAUGAUAGUUACUCCUGAAUCUAUGCAUAGCAGGAAAAUCAGGUGGAGCUCUUUUAAAAAUACAUAUUGUACUUGCCGCUAAGCCUUACCAGGAGACUAUCAUAGCAAAGCAUGUAUGUGGAUUAUUGGCACUUUCUUCUCGGUUUGACUUUAAUUUAUCAUGAUGUAUGGCAGAGUAAUUGCUAAUACAUUAAUACUAUUUGCUCUUUUGGAUUAGGAGUAUUUCCAAGAAACAUUUACCUCAGCGUUUUCUAGGCUGGAGUCACCUGUAGUGGCCACCUGGAAGUCACUGGUAGUAUUUGAUGUAGGACAUCGAACUUACUGAACACAAAACAGGUUUUCAUUUUCUUCCUUCACAGCCAUUAUUUUCCAUUAUUUUGCAAAUACUGUCUGGUGAAUUUGAAUUAUUGCCCAAGAGGCAGCGCUCCUGUAGCCAAAUAAAGUCCUAAUAGAUUACUUUUACAAAGCCUGUUUGCCGAGCUGCAUUGUGAUUGAAAAGGCCAUUAAAGAAAGUUAAAAUGUUUGCAUUUCAUUUGGGACCGGCCUGCUUAGGCACAAAGGAAGUAGUUUUCCCUUUUCCACUGAAUGAAGAUGCCAGGGAGUGGGUAGGCGGUUUUUUUGGGUUUUUUGUUUUGGUUUUUUUUUCUUGUCAAGAACCAACUUUAAGGUGUAUUUUAAAGAUAGGAAAGCCCUUAAGCAUCUUACGAAAAUUUGCAGUCAGAACCCUGGAGGUUUUUUCUUGCAUUUGUUUGUCUGUCUCCAACUUAGCCUGAGGUUUGUAAGGAAGACAGUUGCAAAUAUACAGGAUGUCUUGCUUUGUAGUAAUUUGAAGACACACAGCUGCAUUAAUAAUCCUGCAAACUCCAGUAGUCGGAUGAUGACAAGGGUGAAAUGCAGAAGGCACCUGUGCUCGGAUUCUCAAUUUUGUGCGGAUUUUUAUUCUGGGGAUCAAGUCUAAAUUUAUCUGUGAGCGUAAGUUGGAGGAUGUUAUAUCCAAAUUAAAAAAAAAUAAAGGGUGCUGUGAAAUUACAAUGACAGUCACACAAACUGUUUUACUGUGUUAUAAUUUCUUUGAUAUUUGAAGAACCUCCUGCAUACGGUAGGAUGUUUCCUACUUGAGAACGUGUGACUCUAUCCCAGUAUAACUUUUAGUAUUGCAGCAGUUGGGACAUAUUAAAAACAAGAUAGACAUGUAUGCCAGGAGUGGAAAGAAAGUGGUCUUUUGUAUUGCAGACAGGCAAUAAAAAGGGCCUUAUUUAGAGUAAGUUUGGAAAGAAAGCAUUAAAAGGACAAGUUUCUUUAGGGUUAAUAGCAUGUUACUUCAUUAUGUGAAGCAUAUUUAAUUUGGAACUAAGGAACUUACUAUUACCUAGUAGUUUUCAAGGAAGACUGUGGUGUAUGUAUAGAUAUUCAAAUCUGGAAUCUAGUAGAUUGGAAAAAAUAAGUCACAUAGGUCUACAGAGAGGUGAUGCGUGGAUGGCUCUCUGGAAGUGUUACUCAAGUAGUCAUAUCUACAUAAGGUGUCCUUUGGAGGUAAUCAGCUGUGUUAGCUGCACAGCUCAUCGAGACCAAGCAAAGUCAACAUGGCAGCCAUCUAAAAAAAGACACUGAUAACAGAUUGAGGUUGUCUUCGUAUUAAAGAGCAGAGCUUCACUAGCAGUGUAAUACAGGAACACCUUGUGACUCACCUUUCCAUGGUUACUGAAAAAAUGCUUGUUUAAUGAAGGACUUGAGAUUUUGUGAUAAACUCAUGAAAAUGUCAGCAUUUAGUUGUCUAACAUUGGUGCUCACCGCUGUGGUAAACAUCUCUACAAAAUGCAUUUGUGUGCAUCCAAAAGGAGACAGGCAAGGGCAAAAUCCCUCAAGGAAUGUGGCUGGAAACGUUUUAGAGAGAAGCAAUAUAAAUCUAGAACGAGAGGUAAGAGCAGCAUGAGGAACCUCACACCUGACCAGUGUGAUUUCAAACACUUGUGGUGCAAGCUUAUUUCUUUGUCUGAGUCCAAAAUACAUUUCUGUUCACUGAUCGUAUCGGUUUUUCUUCAAAUCACUCACUUUGGUUCUAGUUUGAAAGAGAGUGAGGGCAGGAAAAAAAAAAAAAAGAAAGCAGGGACUUGCAUUAAAUUCCUUUUAUUCACCUUGAGCUCCUGGAAAGAGGCAUCUUGGUUUUUCUGCCUGCCCAGUAUUUACAAACAAUGGUGACACACUGUAUUAGUUAGCUGCUUGGUGCCCAACUAAGUCUGCUCAGAUGAUAAAGCAUGUUCUCCUUCAAUAAUUUUAAAAUUGCACUUUAAAAAAAAAAAAAGUUUCAAAAGUAAACUAUGGGAUUUAAUUUUGUUUGCUUUCUAAUUACCGAUUUUUCCAGUGGAGACCAGACCCUUUCAUGCAUUCAUGUGGUGAUUGGUACAAGGCCAUUCUGUUCCUGACUGCCUGAUCCCAUUUAGUGUCUCUGUGUAAACUUCCUUGAAGAUACAGUUCAUAUUUUUUUCCAAAGACUGCCCCACGAAGAGCACGUGUUUGUAUGCAGACAGGCCUUGGGAAUCAUUUGUGAGCAACAGUAACUUGGAAUGGAUGCGUGCAAUAGGUAUGGUGCUGAAUUUCUGCUGUUGCAAGGUCAAAGGGAACUUCCCAACUGACUUUGCUGAAGCUGAAGUCACUGAUUGCCAAGUCUUUACAGCCAGUCUGCUGUAAAGCUUUUGGGCAUAGAGCUUGGUGGUUCUACUGGAAUAAAACACAGAACAGUGCUGUACUGAAAGAAAACACAGUAAUUGUUUUGUUUUAUGUAUUUCUUCUCUUUUAUGUGUCUACUACACCUGAAAGCAUAAAGCUUUUUCAAUGCUUCCAGGUACUUCCUUUGUGGGAGGUACGUGGGCUGCAAGAUCCAAACCCAUCUUUCCUCUUCCGAAUUUUCUGGCUGUGUUUUCCUAAAGUAAGCAAUUUAUAUAUAUAUUUUUUUUUUU